AUGAGCGCGUCGACCGUCCAGGUCGGCAACGCGCCACAGCAGGCGUCAGUGUCGCAGAUGCCGAUGCUGCAGACAGUGGCGCCGGCGGACAGCUCUCUGCCGCAGACCAUGGGCGACGCGCUGAAGCUGAGGGCUAGCCUGGAAACGUUCAUCGCACUGGGCGGCUCAUGGAGGGGACCGGGCGCCCCAGCUACCCCAAGGGGCGCCAGGGUAAAAGUGGAGUACCCGAAGGGUGUGCCUCAGGGACUGCUGCUGGAGAAGGUGGCGCUGGAAAAGCUGGCAGCCCAGGUGGGAGGGCAGGUGCUUCCGCAGGGCAUGCAAUAG